GGCGCCCUGCAGCCCCCCUCUGCCCUUCUCUCACAGAGCGGCUCUGAGAAGGCAGCGGAGUUUUGGUGUGCGUGGAAGUUCUCAGGUGGCGUCCAGAGCAUGGAACACAUCCACGACAGCGAUGGCAGUUCCAGCAGCAGCCACCAGACCCUCAGGAGCACAGCCAAAUGGGCGGCUUCCCUGGAGAAUCUGCUGGAAGACCCCGAAGGCGUGAAAAGAUUUCGGGAAUUUUUAAAAAAGGAGUUCAGCGAAGAAAACGUUUUGUUUUGGCUAGCCUGUGAAGAUUUUAAGAAAACACAAGAUAAGAAGCAGAUGCAGGAAAAGGCAAAGGAGAUCUACAUGACCUAUCUGUCCAGUAAGGCCUCGUCACAAGUGAAUGUAGAAGGACAGUCUCGGCUCAAUGAAAAGAUCCUGGAUGAACCGCACCCUCUGAUGUUCCAGAAGCUCCAGGACCAGAUCUUCAAUCUCAUGAAAUAUGACAGCUACAGCCGCUUCCUAAAGUCUGACUUGUUUUUAAAACACAAGCGAACCGAGGAAGAAGAGGAGGAGCCGCCCGAUGCUCAGACAGCAGCUAAAAGAGCUUCAAGAAUUUAUAAUACAUGAGACCCACGAGCUGAGGCUGGCCACUUUACAAAGCAAAGGAACUUCCUCUCAGGACCGUGCAGGGGUUCUCAUUGCUUUGUUCUUUGUAAGGACUCUGAUGUACAAAAGCCUUCGAGGGGAUACUGUGUUUUAUUAACUGCUUAACCAGUGAGUUUUGCAUGAUGGCUAAUCUUACAUAAAACAGCAAAUAGCUUCGACGUUUCCA